GUCAGAUCUGGCCCCUACUUCCUACAGUUCGACUCAAUAUUUCCCUAGAAUACGGGGAGCAGGUCGCAAAACGGAGAUUCGAGAGCUGUCGAGGAUAGUACCGAUGGCUUUGUCGCGCUCAGCAAGCAAGCGCCUGCUACCUGACGAUGAGGAUGAUAACGAUGGGAGCAGCAUAAGUAGCAAGCGGGCUUGCUCCGAGACGCCCGCAGAGAGUCUCACUCAUGCUAUCACUACUCCAAAUGGCGACUGGUUCGGAGGGCAGCCGUUUGACGACCUUCCAGACACUUUCGGGUGUAACGUGGGCGGCUCGAUUUGGCCACAACAGGGUUAUCCGGAGAUACGGGUGGAGGAUCCGUAUGGGGCACUAAUCCGGGACUCAGGCUUGGCAUCUCAUCCGUCGCACGAGGUGGAUAUCAAUAUGUUGGACAGCAAUUGGAAUGCAUGGCGGGGGGAUAAUCUGGGGUUGGACGUGGAAGAUCGCCAGGGCGCUCUUGAUGCGCCAGCUUUGCAGGACUUUGGUCAGAGUGGACAACAAGGCGCUUCUUACCCUAUAACGGACAUGCGGUUGGCCCACCAGUUGCCGGGGUGCGAACAAGGCCCAGCAGAUUUUCAGAGUUUCAGUCCCGAUCUGGAAUCCACGGGAAAUUCUGACGUUCAGGAUCUAUCGAUCAAACCUGACUUUGACUGGAACGCAACUAAAAUGGAGUUAUCCGGUACCAGUCCGGGUACAAAUGAGCUUCAACCCAAGAUCAUGGGCAAGUCAAAGAAACCAACGAGUGAUGCAGACAAGGAACAGUACCGGCCGUGUCUCAAUAAAUGUCAAAGCGAGCCCGUCAUAAGCGUUGAACCAGCGGACGCUGUGACAUGGGACACUUGCUUUGGAGAGGUGCACACAGAAAAACGCCUGUCUCCAUCUAUUUCCUGUCACAAGCUGACCGUUCCCUAGCUCACCCUCGAACCCACCUCCACAUUCAAGGACGACGGAAAGACAAAAAGUCGAAACCGAAAGUCAGCCCGCGUCGAUUUGACAACCCUUGGCGGAGUCGUCAAAUUGUCCUUCACGGACAC